AUGGCGGAUCUCAACACGGGAGGGGCCGGCUACGUUUUCAGCCGCGAGACGUUAAGAAUAUUCAAGAAAGUGCUGGACGAGGGUGGAUGCCCACGAGGAGGUGGUGAAGGCACAUUUAUAGGAAAAUGUCUUAAAUCUCGGGGUGCGAAACCCGUGAGUACGAGGAAUUGACUACACCACAAUUGAUACCCGGUCGUCCACCGCAUGAGUUCCUCUUCAAUUACAGCUUUCCUCUUCCUUAUGAAAAUAGACCCGCUUUCUGCUCAGAUUACCCAAGUACUUUCCAUAAAGUCACACAAGAAAUAAUGUAUCUACUUGAAUACUUAAUUUACAGUGUCAAAGGUAAAACCUAACAGGAAAAAUUCAACCCCGCAGGGUAUGCCCUACGUGCAUUUAUAGCAGUUAAAAGGGAUGGAAAGCUCUAAACUAAGUAUGUGAAAGGGUCACCAUUUGUUAAUGAAAAUUCAUACGAAAGGGGUUCCUUGUCUGUUAAAAAUGGUUUUUUAAAAGUAAGGGGUUGAGCCUCAGGGCCAAUAGUUUCCGUAACAUCAAGAAACACCAAAAUAAAGAUUGUUUUCGCCCACUAAACUACCCACAAUACCUUCAGGCUGCUUGUCGCGUCCAUUUCAACGCCCUUUUGUCUCCAAAAUAAUUACAUGCUUGUAGAAGAUGCAUAUAUGUCAUGCAUGGGUUAGGGCAGAACAUAGUUAGUAGUACUAACUAUGGGCAGAACUUUGAUUCAGUGUGUGAAUGUGUAGUUCCGCAAGCAAGCAGGUCAGGUGAAACGUGAUUUCAAUUUAGGUACGUUUUUGUUUUGUUUUUGCAAGAAACCCUACAUCGAGUACAUCAUUCGGAAGUUCCACUUCGCAAGUGCGAAGGUAUAAGCUUGAUUUGUUUUAAUUCCUUUUUGCCCCAGGAAGAUAUUAGUGCAUGUGUGUGUCGUGUGUUUAUUGUCCAUUGUACGAUAUGUGUCUCCUCCGAGCGUCGUAAUCAGUUUGGUUUCCAAAACUCUCUGGUUACCGUAUUCAAGGAAGCCAACGCCUUUCUGUUAUCUAAUCUAACUUGACACUUUAAUUUCGUUCUUUUCCAUUUAGAAUAAGAGAGUUAUUAUAAGUGUUGUUCGGUUUGCAAGCCUUGACCUAGCAAGGCUUCAAACUUCCUCAUCUCGGUUUGAAGCAGGACGCCUAAUAGCGCCUUUGAAGUUUUAUGAGAAUCCUCGUCAAAAGUUUGGUUUAAGCAUCGCGUGUUUACAUCGGGUAUUAUUCAAUAAAUCUUUUCAAGAUAAUGACCCGUUAUUCACGCCCGAACCUUAAUAACUGAAUCGCUACCUACAAUACCGUUGUCAAACGAAAAAGCAAAAACAAAGAACAAAAACCAAAUGGGAAUUCACUAAUCACUGAAAUUACAUUUCGAUACUUUGAUAAUCAUGAAUACACUUUUGAAUAUUAAACAGAAAGGGAGGUGGCCACCGUGAAGACGUUUUGAGCUUCAUCCUGUCUUCAUUAAGGAUCUCUGAAUGUAGUGAUCGGCCUAUAGACCUUGUUAAGGUUUCGGAAGCCAUCUUGACGAGAAGGCAACCGCGUGAGAAAUUACAGUCGGUUUGUACGAGAAUCUAAUGUCGGAUAAUUUUCCGCGUGACGGCUGUUCUGAAAAAAUUUGAAUUGAAACUUAAAACGUGACGCCAUCAAAAUUCAAACCACAGUUAAUAGAGCGGAAUAAUAACUAUGUUCCAACUAAAGAAUUAUCAUGUUUUAUUAAGUUUGAUUCGUAUGGAGUAUAUGAACAGCUAUAUACUUACAUCCUUAGAAGUCUUAAAAAGUGUCAGUUCAGCUCAAAAAGGUCCUAACGACUCUGUUUUCACUCUGCAGUGAAACGAGAACAAAAUAUUUUCACUCUUAUUUACAACACUGACGUAGACAGAGUCAAGAAUAAUAGGCAUCUCGUUUAACUAAUGUAUUGUAAAGCGAGAAGAAUAACAGUUCAAAAGUAGGUUGAGUUUCAUCGUCCGGGUGAACGUAGUCCUGAAUAGGACUGUUGUUGUUGACAGUGACUGACGUUUCGACAACCUGUGCGGUAAUCAUCUUCAGAGUCAACAGUGUGGUUAAAUCUACUAAAAUGACAUAUAAUUCACUUACAAUUCAUGACACAAAGCUGAUACAUGUGUACUAUCUUAAUAAGGGGGUGGAAUGAAGUUAACAGUUAACUGAUAUUUGGGUAAAACCAGUAGUUAACUGAUAAUUGGCCAAAAAAAUUAGUAGUUAACUGAUAAAUGAAAAGUUAACAGUCAAGUGAUAUUAAAUGAACGUUAAUGAAAGCAACAAAGUCUUGCAAACAGAAAUGCUAUUUUCUGACAUUUUUCUGUCACGCUGAUGACCCAGUACUGAGCACAUUAAUAACUGUUAUUAUUAUUCCACUAUUAUGUCAUUUUACCAUAUAAGGUCAAGAGAACAACUAAAAUACGAGGCCGUAAUACACUGUAGUGUUCUGGUUUAACCGGUUUACAACAGGGCGAAUACCGGCGGAUGCAAAAGGAGCAACCAUUGCUGACAGAAUCAGGAUGUUUUGGAUACUCUUAUUAGAAAAUAGAAGCCAAAAUACCAUUUUGCUCAUUACUCGUAUUUUUCCUCGCCCCUGCGGGGCUCGGAAAAAUACUACGCAACUCGCAAAAUAUCCGCACGUAUUACAUGCUAAACCAUCGAAUAAGGUGUAUAUAUUACCUCUUUUGUUUUUUUCUUCUGUUUACUUCUUCAUCGCCCUGCCGUAAGGAUCAGUUUCCCGUUUCAUAUUUUUCUACAAGUUUUUAAAUUGUACUGAUCCAGGUGUACAACUGGGAGAUCCGGCACCACUCAUUGAUCUGUUGCUGUGGACUUGCUGACAUUUUAUAUAUUUAACAAUUAAUGAAUGAGGCUAAAUAUAUUAUGAAGAAAUAUGGAGAUCGAGGAGGGUGUUAUCCGUCGAAGCCGUAGGCCGAGGCGGAUAACAACCUCCGAGAUCUCCAUAAAUCUUCAUAUGAUACGAAAGCCGAAUUCAAUAAUUGUUUUAUUAUUCAUUCAAACUGAUUCCUAGUUUAAAAACAUAGCUAAAACAAGCUUACCUGCAUCGAUGUUAAGUUUAUCUUCGAUAGUUUACGUUUAGGUUUGUCCAGCUCCGCAAAUAUUCUCUAAAUAGCAGAUGUCGCCCUCCGAGUUGUCUUCUUGCUGUUUUUGCUAUGUUUUUAGCCAUUAUUUCGCCUAUUUCCAGCUGUAGUUCUUACUCUUAAAACGAGUGAAGUGUCCGCCAUUUUAGUUUUUACAACGAAAACAACUCAAUCUCGUCCCCAGGUCUUCUCGGUUAACGGUACAUUAACCUGUAGAAGGCUGCAUUUUUGACGUCAUUUCCUCGUUAAACACUAAAUUCUUCCAAAUUUGGUCAUCAGUAACUGGUUAUGGUGAAUUAUGCGUGUGCUUUUAGCCAAUCAGAAUUAGGCAAUAUUUUGAAUGAAUAAAUGUGUGGUUACACGUAAAUCGACUAAAAUGACAUAUGUUAUUCACUUACAAUUCAUAACAAGGUACAAAGCUGAUACAUGUGUACUAUCUUAAUAAAUCUAUACCGAACUUACUGUCACUCUCAGUUACGUAGCUGCCUUUAAGUCAUUAAGCCCGGGCUUAACUCAGGAAUUUGAGCAAAAAUAAGUGUAGGUUAAUUGUCACGUGUCGUUAAAAUAAUUUUUCGAUGGAACUAAAAAUGGGUCGGCAUUCUAAAACCAAACGUCUGCGGCUGUCGGCAACACUGUUUGCUGUUCGCAGCGAGCAUUUUACUUUUUCCAUUUUAAAUCUCUACCAAAGUUGCUUGAACUAACGUUGUUGUGUUAAUUGUGUCGCUUUUCGCUGUCUAUGAGUAAUUCCCAUCAGGCUAAAUUUCUUAUUUUUAUUUUGUAUUUCGUUUCUGCGUGAAAGAAUUCAAGAUUAUAUUUCAGUUCGGAAAAAAAAUUUAACUAAAAAAAAAACCAGGAAGUUAGUAAAAGUACCCAGGAAGUCCAAUCGACGACGUUACAUGUCUUCCAUUGGAUUUGGGUUUGAUUUCUCGCUUAACCACCCCCCUGCUUAGUGUCUGCUUAAUAGAGGAUGUCCGCCCGCUUAAUUGACAAAAAAGACAAAAAUAAGGAGUUGUCCUGUGCGGGCCGCAAUUAUACUCAAAGGCAAUAAGAAAGAAAUAAAAAGAAGAAUCAACCCGUUUGAUAAUUCAUAGAGUAAAGGAGAGAAAAUGAAAUGGUAAAAACAACUGCGUGAAAGUAAUACGGAAGGUACUAACGGAAGCGUUAUAAUCUAUGAUCAAGCCAAAGUAUCAUUAAAUGGCCAUUUGUGAGAUUUCUAUAGAAGAAAAAGUACACUUUUGUAAUUUUAACAUAAAAACAUACGCUGUUUCUAAAGAAUUGAAACCAGGGGGGUCACUUGAAUGAAUAAUCACGAAAGCGGACAACAAGCUUUCAUUUGCUUUCUCUUGUUCUUUUUUCUUUCUAGAUGCUUUUGAAUAGAAAGGUAUUCGAGAACCUGAACCUUUUAGAGCCCAGCUAGAAGAAAAUACACCCAGCAGAUUGUAAUCAAACCAAACAUGGUACGAUAUGGUGCGACAAGUUUGCCUAUUAUUAUUUUUCAAUUUGCCUCCAUUCUAGUUCUUGGUAUGGUGACAAUGUUCUUCUUUGAACAUAAUAAUUAUAUGCAGUAUUGGCAUAAACGCCUCGAAAUAGCGGCAAGCAAACGUCCCCAAUACAAUGCUAAUGCAGACAGGCAUCUUCACCAAAAUGGUUUCAACAGAAAUGAAACUAAACGACCUCGAAUCUUAUGCUGGGUACCAACCUCUCCAACCAACCUCGCAGAAAGAGCAAAAUCAGUGAAGGAUACAUGGGGAAAACGCUGUGAUAUGCUUUUGUUCUUCAGUUCGAAAGCGGAUUCCAGCUUUCCUGCAAUCGGGUUAAAUGUCGAAGAAGGAAGAGAUAGACUGUUCAAAAAAACCCGUUUAUCGUUGGAAUAUAUUUAUCAACGCCACAUAAACGACGCUGAUUGGUUUUUGAAGGCAGAUGACGACACUUACGUGAUCAUGGAAAAUCUCCGCUAUUUUCUGUCCAAGUUGAAUCCCUCGGAUCCUCAUUAUAUCGGAAGGAUGUAUACUAAAGAUGGCGGGUACAACACUGGAGGGGCCGGCUACGUUUUCAGCCGCGAAACGUUAAGAAUAUUCAAGAAAGCGCUGGACGAGGGUGGCUGCCCACCAGGAGGUGGUGAAGAUAUAUUUGUAGGAAAAUGUCUUAAAUCUAAGGGUGUGAAGCCCGUGAGUACGAGGGAUUCAAGAGGAAGAGAAACCUUUUUUCAGUUUAGAACUGCAAGUCAAUUGAUACCCGGCCGUCCACCACAUAAGUUCCUCUCGAAAUACAGCUUUCCUCUUCCUUAUAAAAAUGGACCCGAAUGCUGCUCAGAUUACCCAAAUACUUUCCAUAAAGUCACACCAGAAAUGAUGUAUCUACUAGAAUACUUAAUUUACCGGGUCAAAGUUAAAACCUAA